AUGCCUGACCGCCAAGCAUCGAGUGAAGACAGUGGCGUAGUGCAUUACUUUCGGUUUCACGACUUUGAACCGCGUGCGCUGAGCAGCUACACUUGGAGCGCAUCGACCAGCCGACCAACAGUGGAGGUGGAAAGGCAGUCAGUGAGCAGUGAGGAAAGUGCUAAUGCUUUCAGCAAAACUGUAGCUGAAGAGCGCAAGCCGCGUGGUAUACACUUCGAGGCUGAUGGCAAAGAUCUUGCCAUCAAUCUGGAGUUUAUUAUACCGUUCCUGCGUGUACCGAUCGCGCGCAGUGUACAAAUCACACAAGCGGCUUUUCGCAAAUUAGCCGAUUUGAACUCGGAUACAUUGUUGAUCAGCAGUGGUUUCGCAAUUGUAGGCGCAAUCAUUGCGGUAAUUUUAAAAACCGUAACCACGCCCACGUUACUUGGAUAUGGUUAUAAAAAAGCCACGCGUGCUGCUGACUUCAUGGAUGACUUCAAUUUCGCCAGCUAUGCGCCCGCGUCCGAUCAGAGCGAUACAGUGACGAAAUCCAUUAUUAAAGGUCACGAUAUGCUAAAUGCUUUGGAGCACAAUCUACAUGUAAACCACAUAAAUGUGAGCGUUUGCGCUCAGCGUGCGAUCUGCAAUUAUGUGCAACAAGCCACAACAGGUGUACGCGCAGGACUGGGUUCGCCCACUGAUCGCAUAGUCGAUGGGCUCAUCAGUUUGGAUUUGCUGAAGAACUAUUUGAAUGGCACCGCCUUGCAAAAUGCUAUAGACACAGGUCGUGCGCACGCUGACACUAGCUGUGAGCUCGUUUAUCGCGAUUGUGAAUGGCGGAAAUUGCAGAAUAAAGCUUGGGAAAUAGCAAAGAAGUUUCUGAUUGGAUAUUUUGGAAGACAGCUCUUUUGCAAAACAAUGCUUUUCGACUGCCAGGAUUUCUUGAAACAUUUUAUUAGUGGCGAUGAGUCUUGUAUCUAUGUUUACGACUCGGAAAAACACUAUCCCUCUGCUGAAUAUUGUGGCAAAGAAGCGCUUAGACCAACAACCAAGGCACGUGAAAAAUUACAGUUUAACUCAAAAUAUUUUCGGGUAUUUCUGGCCAAUAUGCUGCUUAAUGCUUUAAUAGUGGCGCUUUUGCCAUUGGCGGCUUACGCAAAGGACGCUGCCAAUAUUUUCUUACCAACCGAUCGCAGUGGACCAAACAGAUUUUUCUCAUUUCGUCCGCUCGGUGACGAUGUGGCGAUGGGACUGGAUUUCGAAUUGCCUUUCCUUAAAGUGCCAAUUAAGCGUUAUGUAGACAAGUACGGCAACUCUCCGGCUAUGGUGAACAUCAAUACAGCAUCUUUGGUAACCAGUGGUCUAAUGGCCGGUGGAAGCUUGUUUGUGGCGCAUCUUCUGCGUUCACUUCGUUUUCUCAAAGGACGUUCGGCUGAAGAUGAAGAGACGAUAUAUUUGGAAAAUGGCAUCAAAAACACAGACAAGAAAAUAUUUACUGAGGAAGAAACAAAGAAGAGAGAGAAACGUUACGCUGAUUCAAAAAAUAAUUUUUACGACGCUAAAAAUCUUUUCGAUCAUUUCCGUUUAGUCUAUAAAAACGGCACUGGCGAGCGAAUUGAGACCACACUACCAAGCCUUUUCGAACGCAUCGAAGAGACAUUCUUGGAUAAUAAAAUCGACAUCGGUGCUUGCGUGCAAAAAGCCAUUUGCCUGAUGCUGCAGGAAUCCAGUCAAAAAGUGCGUCACGGACAGGCGACCAGCAUGCAAAAAAUCAUCGAUGGUUUGACGAGCUUUUCAUGGAUGUUGGAUGUGUUCGCGCCUUACGGCGAGUUGCGAAAAGCGCUAAAGGCGGGCAAAACGCAUACGAGUACGAGUUGUGUUGUCGCCUAUCCCACAUGCCACUGGGCCAAUCCGGCAAGUGAACUAACCGAGCUCUUAAGCAACCAUGUGAAAUUUACAUAA